UAAAUCCCCCUCGCUGCUGCUCCGUGCCCCAGGACCUUUCUCCUGGUGGAAGAGCAGCCCGAGAAGGUGGCAGUGGGGCUGGCCCCUGCCCCUCAUCCCAGGCACCAUGUUCUACAUGCAUCUGCUGGUCAACAAGCGUGGGCCCUUGGCCAAGAUCUGGCUGGCUGCCCACUGGGAGAGGAAGCUCACCAAAGCCCAUAUAUUCGAGUGCAAUUUAGAGACCACCAUUGAAAAGAUGAUCUCACCCAAGUUCACAAUAGCUCUGAGAACCUCUGGCCACUUGCUCCUGGGAGUGGUGAGGAUUUACCACAGGAAAGCCAAGUACCUCUUGGCAGACUGUAGUGAAGCUCUGACUAAAAUGAAGACAGCCUUUCGCCCAGGUCUUGUUGACCUUCCAGAAGAGAAUUUUGAGGCUGCUUAUCAAUCUGUAACACUGCCAGAAGAGUUUCAUGAUUUUGAGGUCCCACUCCCUGCUCUGAAUGCCAUCGAUGUCGUUGACCAUUUCACCUUGAACCAGAGCAGAGCUGAAGACAUCACACUCACAGAGGAGCUGGAAAGCAGCACACUUCUCUGUGACAGGACCUUGGAUGAGGAGCCAGAAGCACUGAGGAAGAAGAGCUUCUUGGAUUGCAGCAUCCUAACCAGCAGCAACAGUCUGGUGGCUGCUCACUGCUCUCUGAGUGUGGAUGGAGACAGGACUGUGCUGCAGGAGGACACCUUUGGCCUUCAUCAGGAUGGCUUUGGGGAUGAGGAGGAUGCUGCUGAUAUGAUUGAACUCCUGCUGAGAGAUGAGCAAAGUGACCUGGAUAAGGACCUCCUGGAUGUCAGGGAAGACUUUCCUUUGCCACAAGACCCCCCAGAGAACAGCAGGACCAUGGAGCCCAAGGGUGCAGGCAGCACUGUCAGUGAUGGUCACCUGCUGAACGAGACGGUGCUGCUGCUGGGAGAGGAGGAAGGCUUUGUGCUGCAGCCAGUUGAUGACACAGCUGUCAACCAGAGGAAGAAAAGCAAAAGGAAGAGGAAGCUGCUCGUGGAUGUAGUCAAGGAGCUGAGCUGCAGCACUAUCUACAACCAGCUGAAUGACUGCACAGACAUCCUCACUACGCUAGACCUGGCACCCCCCACCAAAAAGACCAUGAUGUGGAAGGAAUGUGGGGGUGUGGACAAGCUGCUGAGCCAGCCUGGGCAGCCUGUGGUCCACCCCGAGCUGCAGAUGCUGUUUGAAAAGUGCUUCAAGAGUCACAGUUUAAAGAUGAGAAGAAAUGAAAUCCAGAGGGAGGAAGAAGUGGAAGGAGCUAGGAAGGAGCAGGGCAUUACAGAGAUGCUGAGAGCAAAAGAGCCAAGUUCCCUGCAGGACCCAGCUCGUGACACUGAGAGGAGAACUGGGAACGAUUUGGUGAUGUUGAUGGCACAGAGUGACAGAAAUGAAGAUGAUGGUAACAGUGGAGAAAGCAGACAGGAGGGAAUGGUCUGCUCCGAGAGCUCCUCGCUGCUGCUCCCACCAGCAGGCCAAGCAGCUGAAGCACAGCAAGAUGAGUCACCCAACGAGCUACUGAGGAAUGGGAGAGAGAGUGAAGAAACAAGGUGGAGCAAAAGAACUCUUCAGCUACUGAAAACCUUACAGCACCUGAGGAGAUCUGGUGCCUCUUCCUUCAGCUUCCAGGAGCUCUGCUGGAGGAGCAGCCGCAAAGAAGCUGCAGCCAGGUUCUGCCUGCUGCUGGUCCUGAAGAAGCGCUCUGUCAUCCAGCUGAGGCAGAGCUCCCCCUUUGCUGACAUCACAGUCACCCCUGGCCCCUUGUUUGAAGCUCACUGAAGUCAUGGCCAGAUAAGUUGAGACCAAACCUCCUCCCUUUCUCCAUUUUCCACCCCCCCCCCCCCCCCCCAAAACACUCCCUGCAACCUCUCUCAACCUCCAAGGACCAGUCUCAUGCCUUGGUGUUGGUCACCAAGCUGUGCUCGCUGUGGUGAAGUUUGUGUUGCUGGUGAGAAGUUAAUGGUUUUGUUCAUCCUUGCUAAAAUGUGGAUUGUGAAUUUUAAUUUCAUUUCUUUUUACACCCUGAGGGAUUUUAAGGAAGUUCUUCAAAGAAUUUAACCUUCAGAGGUAACAUUUUUAACCUUUUGGAAGUGGAACUUGGAGCUUGGGGAUUGUUGCUGAUCAGCCAACCAAGAAAAGCCUCUGAAGUUCUUCUUCAACAACCCAAAGUUGUCCUCUACUUGAAAUGAUUCCUUUGAGGCAAUGCUCAACUUUUGGCUAUUUUCAAGGUCUACAGAGCUCCUUUUUAACCUCUGAAAGUGGAACUUGGACCUUGGAGAUUGUUGCUGGUCAACCAACCAAGAAAAGCCUCUGAAGUUCUUCUUCAACAACCCAGAGUUGUCCUCUACUUGAAAUGAUUCCUUUGAGACAAUGCUGCUCAACUCUGGCUAUUUUCAAGGUCUACAGAGCUCCUUGUUCCAGCAUUCCUGGGCUGUGUUAUCCCUGCAAGUGCCACAUCAGUCACCUUUUCCCUGGAAAAUCAGCAGGUUUAGGUUUCAUGGAGCGUGUUGAGAAGCUAAGACUUUGAUUUCUGUUUCAAACCAGCUGCACCACCAUCAGCUCUUUGUGGUUUCCCUUCUUCUUUGGGGCAAGUUUUAACCUUUCCUUGUCAGUUUGGACAGUUGAUGUUCUGCAGGGGGGGUGGUUGCCUGUGGGUUGUGCUCCAGAGUGUCACCAAGCUCUGUGCCAACCUCUCCUUGGGUGGAGGCAAUAAAGCUCACAGAAAGAUG